GAUCUUUGUUUAAUAGUUUAAUUAAUAAUGGUCAAACUUCAUGUCAAAAGAGGUGAUGAAAGUCAAUUUAUUUUUGAAACAACUGUCAAAGAGCAAGUUGAUGUUGUUAUUGAAGAGCUUUUAAAAAUUUACAAUGGUAGACUUAAAAUUGAUCGCUUAUUUCAUGAAAUGGAAUCAUUAGAGUUACAUGGAAUAAUGUUACCAUCUAAUAUGCAAGGUUUAACAGAAGAACAGAUUUCUGAAUUAAAGUUACAAGAUAGCUGGUCAAAAAGCUGUUAUCCCCAAGGAGGAAGUGUGUUUAACAAAGAUCCUAUUGGAAGAAGAAAUGGGGUUUCUCCCAAUGCAAAAAUGGCUGAUGUGAUAAAGCGGACGCGUCAUGAUGCUAAAGCUCAAGUUUCCAAAGAUUUGGUGAAAGCAGACAAAAGUCUAACAUAUGCAGAUGUUAAAAAUGCAUUGGAUAAAAUGCGCGGUGCAAUAAUGAUUGUUUAUCCAAUGGGUCUUCCACCUUAUGAUCCAAUCAAGAUGGAAUUAGAUGGAAAUGAAGAUUUAUCUGGAACACAGGCAUUAAAAGAAGUUCUUGAUUCUGAUUCUACUUUGUGGUGGGCUGGUAAAGAAUUGCAACGUGGUAAGAAACUAGAAGAUUUUAUUGGUAAAAAUGAAAAAACUAAAGUUGUCGUUAAGCUUCAGAAGAAAUCUCAAAAUGCUCCUUCUCGCGAGCCAAUAAUUAGUGAAGAAGAACAAAAGGCAAUGAUGGCUUAUUACUACAGGCGACAAGAAGAAAUAAAGAAAUUAGAACAAGACGAAUUUGAUAGCUACCUAAACUCUCCUUGGUCAGACUCUUCACAUUUAAAAAGACAGUUUCAAGGAUUAAAUAAUAUCUCGUGGAAACCGAAAUAGCUUGAAUAUUUUUAUUUGACUAAAUAAAAUACUAAAUUACAUUGUUGUUAAGUAUUUACAACAUCUAUAAAAGGCUCUCUUCAUAAAAAUUCGUUGUAAUAUAAAUAUGUAUAAAAAAUAUAUUUUUAGUUCAAGUUUUUAA